AUGGCUGCUCCGGAUCACCAGUGCAAAAGGAAGCAGUCACUUGGCGAAGAAUAUUGCGACUUGAUUAUGACUGAUUGGCGGUCCCUGGGCAGCUUCUAUCAGCAGGGUGCUGCUACUAGCGGCUCGCCGGCUUCACCUUGCGAUCUUCUUCUGGAAUGCCGACCAUCUGCACAUGUCAACAAGAAUGCAGGAUCCGUCACAAUCCGGUUCUUGUCAACACGCUUUGCGUGCUUGACACCCGAGGUUCCUGGUCGGAUACAACAGCAACGACAAACGCGACCUCCGUGUAGACUUCUUGCGAUAUUGUUGGCGGUUCAGGCUGCCCUCUCUCUUCGAGCUGUAGCCGUAUUUGUAUGUAGGCGUAUUCGCCUUCAGCGCAUGUAUGAGCUUGUCACAGGCACGUCUUCCCGCGAUAUGCUCGAAAGUAUGUCGGCGGGUGUCGAUCGAGCGCGAUCUGAAGAAAACCAAGCACAUGCAGUUGUUCCAACCAGUCCUGCGGCCUCAUUAGCAAAUACUGAUGAGGCACCAGUGCUUCACAGUGGCGAAUACGAAGUCAACAGCACUACUCAUCCAAGGAGGCACCCCGAGUUCAGAAACACUAACAUCGAGGAGACAAAGGAGAGACGGGAGAUAGAAGACGACGGCAAUGUAUCAUGUGAUGAAAAGGCGAACGGAAUGGCAUGCUUAUUUUGCCAGGGCAAAUGUCGUGGCCCAACGGCAACGGCCUGCGGCCACAUCUACUGUUGGAGAUGUAUCACUCGAUGGAUACUGCAACAACAACGUGACCAGACUGCAGCCGCGUGUCCCGUCUGCAGGGCUGCGUGCCCUCCUCAAGACUUAGUGCUGCUGCGGCACUACCGGCCUUCAAAGGGCUUGCUAUCCACACAGCCACACAGUUUCAGGUCCCCCUUCUGAAACCCCCAGAUCAGAGGGAAAGAGCUUGUUGUUGCUGUCGCCGGCGACAGCAACUGUCUGUGGAAUUGCCUGAAGUAGAAUGGUCUCCAAAGAAAAAGACAAACCCCGACGAACUUCACAUAGCUUGCAGGACGACGAAAAUGUACCACUGUUCUUGGGCUGAUAGACUCUGUACCUUCAUAAGUACAGUGAAGAAUGAAAUGACUGGCAAUCCGUACAAGUGCACCACUCGGAUUCUUCUCGUGCAACUUUUAAACAACUGUAUACCAUGAAUUGACUACGCAGUCGCUGCGACGAGGGCUACAGAAUAUACCAGGCUUAUCCAGUCU